CUUACACACACACACGCACACGCACGCACAGACACACGCACACACACACACACACACACACACACACACACACACACACACACACACUCUGCCGGUUAUCAGCUGUGAUGGCAGAGUCUCGGAGGGUCCAGCUUACCACGCUGUCCUGUGAUGCCCCUCUACCCUCCCAGCCGGCCCCGGUGGAGAUGAAGCCUCCCUCGGGUGUCGUGCAGGAGAAGUGUUUGGACGGGCCUGCAGAACCCAGCGCUGUCCGGCUGGAGCUCAAAUUGUUCGAUCCUGAUGAGAGGAGCUUUCCGGAGUUUAGCUACACUCAGCUCCUAGAGAUAAACAACACAAACGAUGAAGUCCCACUGAGCAGAUUUGAGGAGGAAGAGAAGAGAGAGAUCGAUGAGGUCGCUGCUCUUUCACGGGAGCUGGAGAAAAAAUAUGGAGACAAACCAAAGAAGAAGGAUCGUAUUCAGGACCUGAUUGAUAUCGGAUUCGGUUAUGAUGACGAGGAUUCCUUCAUCGACAACACGGAGGCUUACGAUGAAUUUGUCCCGGCCUCCAUCACCACCAAAUUUGGUGGGUUCUACAUAAACUCUGGCGUGCUGCAGUUCCGCCAUACAUCUGAGAAUGACGACCUCAAAGCAGAAGAGAAAACGCUUGAGUCCUCAAAAAAACGUAAAAUCAAUGGUGAGCAGGACAAGCCAAAGAAGAAGCGCUGCAGUGAAGGUGCAGCGGCGAUCAGCGACAAGGCUCCUAAGUCAAGCCCUUUGACUAAACUUGGAUCGGACGUCAAGAUCAAGAAGAAAAAGAAGAAAGCGGUUGCCGGCACGCUGAGCGUCACCAGCAUGUUGAAGAAGUUUCAGAGAGAGAAGGAGAAGGAACGACAGAAAAUGGAUAAAGGAAAUCCGAUCCGUUCUGCGAUCCCAAUCCCGGCAAUGUUCCCGGCGGAUGCAGGCGGGGGCGGAGGUUUAGGAUUCACCGACCCUCUCCUCAGCUUAAUCGGAUCAACCAAUGAGCACACUCUCAUCCAAGCCGUCAACGCAUUGGAUUUUGAUAUUGAUCUGGACUCUUUAUUAGAUGUUACUGAAGCCGCUUCAUCACCAAAAAGGGCGCCUCCACCUUCAACAGAGAUGCAGCUCUUCAGUCCCAAGACAGAUAUGACCCAGUCUGCAGCUCCUCGCCCUCAGGUCCAACCUCCAAACACAGAGACGAGCGUGCAGCUGAAGCCUCAUUCCGAGCAAAACCAGCUCCUGGUGCAGACCACUUCUACAUUACCUCAGUGUGUCCCGCUGCCAGAGGGACUUACCCCUCGACUGGAGGACAGCAUUCGAAAACUCAUGGUGGUUGCCAAGACCUCCGAGGGAGAGUCAAAGCUAAAGUUCUUCACUCCAGAAAUCAACGCAAUACUGCUCGAUAUUGAGUUGCAGUGUCGGGAGCAGGGGGUCCAGCUGCGCUCCAAGGUGUACACACACCUGUCGUCUUUCCUGCCCUGCAGCAGAGACACGCUCCUCAAACGUGUGAAGAAACUGUUCAUCGCACACAUGGAGGAAUUCUCUGACGUGGAGAAUCGAUUGCAGAAACUGAAGGAGGCAAUCUGCAGAGCCGUGCCCGAGCAGAUUGCAAGUUUCCAUGAACACUUUCAAAUAUAUGAGCAGGCCAAGACUUCAAAGGCAGCGGAGGAGAAGGAAAGCAAACAGAGGGAGAAUGUUGGUCCAGAGGACGGUGUGGAGGAGAGAGGCGGGAAAAGAGGAGGUCCAAAAAAGCUGUUCAAGUGGAACGAGGACAUCAAGGAGUGCCUGUGUCACGUGCUAACUGCGAAAUUGGAGAGGCAUAAAAAAGAAAAAGGGAGUCAGGAGAUGGAGGAAUACAUGAAGACCUUUUUAGAGGAAUACCUGAAGACCUUUUUAGACAACGAGGUCAAACCGCUGUGGCCAAAGGGGUGGAUGCAAUCCAGUGUGCUGUUAAAGGAAAGCAGGAAGUUGUUGAGCCUCUUUACACCAUUACCACUAAAGAGGGUCCGGCCUGAUAAGAAGCAGCCCCCUCUUGUGACUCCUCUCGCUCCGUCAGAUACCCGCAGCGUCCUCCAGGAUCCUCCACUGCUGAAAGGACCGCCUCACGAUUCAGACAAUGUCAUUAUCGUGAGUUCAACUAUCUCCAAUCCUGUGCCCGUUGGUACUGAGAAUAAGGAAGCUGCUGCCUUAGUAAAGGUGGAGGGUCAAACAGGAGGGGUUGCAGUGGAUGGCGCCUCCUCUACACCUUCUGACAGACCUGCUCCCUCUCAGUCCCUCCUGGAUCUCCUCGCAGAUCAAGCGCUAGCUUGCGUUCAGCCGAUCUCCCAGGAGCUCCUUGCAACAGCUGUGGCAAAAUACAAGCGUUCAGUCAAGCACUGGAGCUUGGGGCUGGACACCAAAAGUCCUUCUUUCGUUCCUCCGCCUCCUCACUCCAGCCCGGUCGGUUUCCCGUUGUGUAGAGUCGUUGUGCCUCAGCACCUGCAGGUCGGAGCGUUCGCCCGGCACAGUGAUGCUGACCACGUGCAGAUCAUCUCUGAUGAAGAGGACGUUGAUCUACAAUGACAACUCCCGGUGGGAGCAGCUUCUUGAAGAUGGACCGAACAGGUGUUGAGAUUCUAAACAACACCAACAUCAGCCUUGGAAAUGAGAUGCUCAUCAAAAGUCAAUGAGCUAAUGAAUAUAUCAUUUUGUCUAAAGCCAUAAGUUGUGUUUUUUUGUUGGACAUUCAUCAUUUUCACUUGUUUUGCAUGUCAUCUGAGUUGGGAAGUAACCGAAGACAUGCUCGUUGUUUUGACCUACAAAAGGAGAAAUGGCACUUUAAUCAAUAUUAAAUGAAAGGACAUCUGUCUGAUAAACUUUAAUGAACUUGUAUUUGAGAGGCUUUGUAAAUGUUUGAUUUACUUUCUAUUAAUAAAUAAUUAUGAAUCAA